CAGUCUACUCUCUUUCCUCUCACUUCUCACUGCUCGGUAUUGCUUCCAGUUUUCACUACAUUUUCUGUUUCUUAUCAAUGGGAUUUGAAUCAUUCUUUGAUUUGGGUAAUAUUUCUUUUCCAAUUUCCAUUUUGGAUCAGCAUCGUCUUCGAUUCACAUUUUAUCUGCACGGCUGUGUAUGGUAUCAAUUGGGAUUGAUAUCCACUUUCUUUUUGGAAUGCUGUUUAAUGUGUAGAUCAUCGUAAUCCAUAAUCAAUCCUUGUUUUUGAUCCGGGAAGAAACUUUGCCAUAAUUGGCACUUGCUCCACUCUUCAAAGCCCAACUUAUAAUUCAUGCGGUGCUGUCGCAGAGGGGAGUUUUCUCAACAGCACUUAAAGGUUGAUGUGGAGAUGAGGGAUUUUGCUUGUUUAGUUUCAGGCGAUCGGGGUUUCGGAUUGCCGUCUCUGGCGAAGUUCAAUACCCGAAAUUUGCCCUCGAAUGUGAUUCAUCGGUCCGAAGCUGUGAAAGUGAAUGGCUAUGGCGAGGACUGUGACUCUGGAUCCGACAUGGACUUAUCGCCUGACUCGGGGAGUGAUAUUCAAAGCCGGCAUUACUCGGUCGUCACGUCUCCUCAAGACGACAAAAUUUCCAAUCGCGCGGCUUCCAUCCACGAAAUUCCAUUUCGCAAUCAAUCGAACUAUCACUGUCCUGAAAUCGGUCAUUUCGAAUUCGGUUUAGUUGCGGAACCAAUUCGGCUAAAGCAAGAAUACAGUCGUGGAGGAGUCAAAUCGUCGGGCUCGGCCACUAGUACUGAAGUUUCAUCUGGUCAAUCAAACGACAACUCUUCUGGUGGCUACUCUGCAACUUCCACCUCACAGGCGAAUAAGGAAAAGAUGGCAAAUCAGAUAAAGUCUGGAGAAAGGGGAAUGAAUAUUCAUACAAAUUUCGAUCAGGAAAUCAGGGGGAUCAAUAAUCAAACUUCAACUUGUGGAGCAUAUAGGACUUAUGUUUCUGCGAGAAGUGAAUCAAAAGCAGUAGAAGGCUGUUUAGGCCAAACUCCACAAGCUACAGAUAUUGGAAUUUCCAAUGCAUCGGCUAGGAAUGCUGCUGGUCUAAGAGUUACAUCAUCUUCUCUUUCGAUUCCUCCCCGCCUCCCAAAUUUUAGAGCAAUAGGACAAGGUUCGUGGGGUGCUGUUAUUUCUUAUGAAGCAUGUGUUCGGCUAUGUCUUCAUUCGUGGGCUCGAGGUCAUUGUCCCGAAGCUCCUUACUUCUUGAAUGAUGAGUGCAAACUGUUGCGUGAUGCAUUUGGUUUACGGCAAACACUGCUGCAGCCAGAAGAGGAUCUCUUGGCAAAACCUCCAUCAGGGUUGGCCAGUGAGGAAACGGCUCCAAAAUCCAUAAGAAGUCUUGGGAAAAUCAAAGUGCAGGUGCGUAGGUUGAAAAUGGGUCUGGAACCACCAACCAGCUGUAGUCUUUCAUGUCUAAUGCAAUCCACCAUCAAGUCGGAGACUCUAAAUGCACAUUUAUCCAAUGUGAAGCGAACGCUUCGCUCCGAAUGGCAAGCCAAACAGAAGGUUCGGGUAGCUCAUCAUCUUCCUACCAACUCAACUGGUUCUUUCUCUCAACAGAGCUUGGCUUUUAUGAAAGCUGGCUCUCGGUAUGCCAAAAAGGUCUUGGCAAUCAUUAAAAGUGGUGCAGUUUCCUUGUGUCGUAGCCCAUCAACUUAUGAAGUAAAACAAGAAACAUAUUCUUGCUUGUUGAGACUAAAAAGCUCAUCUGAUGAUGAAGUUGUUAAAAUGCAACCAGCAUCUGGUGAAACUCAUCUAUUCUUUCCUGAUUGUCCUGGAGACGAUUUAAUCAUCAAAGUUCAGAAUUCCAAAGGACAGUAUCAUGGGCAUGCCAAAGUUCAAGUUGCUGCCAUUGCUGAUGAUUCAGAUGAAAAGACACAAUGGUGGCCUGUGUAUCGAGAGCCAGAGCACGAACUCGUUGGAAGAAUACAAUUACAUACAAACUAUUCUACAAGCCCAGAUGACAACAAUAGUCUAAAGUGUGGCUUUGUGGCAGAAACUGUGGCAUAUGAUAUCUUGUUAGAAGUUGCAAUGAAAGUCAGCCAUUUUCAGCAAAGAAAUUUGUUGCUACAAGGACCAUGGAAGUGGUUACUUUACAAAUAUGCUACUUACUAUGGAAUAUCAGAUUCAUAUACUAAGCUACGGUACCUUUCCUAUGUCAUGGAUGUUGCUACACCCACUGAAGGUUGUCUGUCUUUAGUGGAGGAGUUGUUGCAACCAGUCAUAAUGAAGCAAGGGAAGGGCUCCUUGAGUUGUCAAGAGAAACGCAUGCUACUGGAGAUUAAGGAACAGGUCGAGAAGAUUCUUGCUCUGGUCUUUGAGAAUUAUAAGUCACUUGAGGAAUCUUCGCCUUCAGGAAUGGUGGCUGUCUUUGGUAGCGCAAGUGGUUUUGUGGCUCCUGCUUUGACCCGCUCUGUGAAGCUAUAUGCUCUCCUGCAUGAUGUAUUGAGUUCUGAGGCACAACUCAAGUUAUGCAGAUAUCUACAAGCUGCUACAAGGAAAAGAUCAAGACUGAUGUCAGCAGAAGUAGAUGAAUUCAUAUCAAACAGUAAAGAAGGCAAAUUGAUGGAUGCUGUUAUUCUUUCAACUGCUUACCAGAAGAUGAAAACUGUGGUGUGGAAUAUUAGAAACGAAGUGUUGACUGAUAUUGAAAUCCACCGUCAAAAUGUGUUUCCCAGUUUCAUAGACUUGCCAGACCUUUCUUCACCCAUAUACAGUGUGGAGCUGUGCAACAGACUGCGAGAUUUCCUCAUGUCCUGCCCUCCUCCUGGUCCAUCACCUUCCGUGACAGAACUUGUCAUUACAACAUCUGAAUUCCAGCAGGAUCUUGCUCAUUGGAAUAUCAAUCCUAUCAAAGGUGGAGUUGAUGCCAAAGAGCUGUUCCACUCAUAUUUUACACUCUGGAUUCAAAGUAAGCGUCUUGCUUUUCUCGACUCGUGCAACCAGGACAAGGUACAACCAUAUGGAGCCAGAUCAGAACACUCAACAUUGCCGUUUGUUGAUGAUAUGUAUGAUAGGCUAAAGGAGACACUAAAUGACUAUGAAGUCAUUGUUUGUCGCUGGCCAGAAUAUGCAAAGAGUCUAGAACAUGUUGCUGCAGAUGUUGAGAAGGCAACUUUUGAGUUCUUGGAAAGGCAAUACUCUGACGUUCUCUCCCCAUUAAAGGACAAUUUGGUGCCCAUAAUGCUUUCCAAAUACUUCCAGAAGUUUUCCAGACAAGCGGUAGAUACAUUUUUUAUACCAGAUGAGUUAGGAAUUCUUUUGAAUACGAUGAAGAGGAUGCUGGAUGAGCUGAUGCCCCAGAUAGAACGCAAACUGAAAUCAUUGGCGUCUUCUUGCUCAACUGAUGAAGAUCCUGUUCGAGGUGAAUAUCUCAGUGAAGUAACUUUGGUGCUUAGAGCCAAAUUCAGGAGUUACCUGCACGCAAUUGUGGAGAAACUAGCAGAAAAUACAAGGGUCCAGAGUGCAACAAAAUUGCGGAGGAUAAUACAAGACACGAAGGAAGCGAUGGCAGAUUCAGAAAUACGAAGCCGAAUGCAGCCAUUGAAGAAUUUACUGAUGAACAUAAUACAUCGUCUCCACCCCGUCCUUGACAACGGCGUCUUCAUAGCAAUCUGCCGACGUUUUUGGGAUCGAAUGGGACAGGAGCUGCUCCAUCUCUUAGAAAACAGGAGGGAGAACACGUCCUCGUAUAGAGGCCUGCGGAUUGCCGUUUCUGCUCUGGACGACGUUUUUGCAUCGGAAAUGCAGAGGUUGCUGGGGAAUGCUCUGAAACAGAGAGACUUAGAGCCACCAACUUCGAUCAUGGAAGUGCGAUCAAUACUCUGCAAGGAUGCUCCAAGUUUCAGAAGGUGAACUUGAUUUCGUGCCUUCCAAUUUUGUAUCAUCUUGGAUUUUUUUUUGAAAUAUUUUAAAUUGCAAAAAGUUGAGUAAA